CGCAGGCGCGAGGUGACGCCGCGGCCGGGCCGGAAGGAGCGCUGCGGUGGGCUCGGCGGCGGCGCCCGGGCUGUCGCGGCAGCUCCUGCUGACUGGAAGCCGCGGCGACCGACCGAAGCCGCCGGGACCGCCUGGCGAGCCGGCGAGUUGAGCGGCGAAGAGCCGCCAUGUUUAGAUGUUAGCAAGCACAUGUGUUCCUGUCUGCUUUUGAAAAUGGCAGAGGGAAACAACAGUGAAGAAGUAAUUCACUUGAACAGCUUCCACUGCCACCGGGGACAAGACUGGAUCAGUCUCAGAGAUGGACCCAUCACUAUAUCUGACUCCUCUGAUGAGGAAGGGGUUCCAAUGCUGGUUACCCCAGCUCCUCAGCACCAUGAUGAAGAGGACCUGGAUGAUGAUGUCAUCCUGACAGAGACAAAUAAACCUCAGACAUCACGACCCAAUCUCAUCAAACCAGCUGCCCAGUGGCAAGAUCUCAAAAGAUUGGGAGAAGAAAGGCCUAAAAAGCCUAGAGCAGCCUUUGAAUCAGAUAAGAAUGGCUUUUUUUCUGUGUGUAACAGCUCAUUGUUUGAUUCUGGGGCACAGGAUGAUUCUGAGGAUGACUACGGUGAAUUUCUAGAUCUUGGGCCUCCUGGAGUUUCUGAAUUCAUUAAGCCAAGUGGCCAAAAAGAGAGAGAACCCAAGCCUGGACCAAGUCAUAACCAAGCCACAAAUGACAUUGUCAACCCCCGGUCAGAGCAGAAAAUCAUUAUUUUGGAAGAAGGUAGCCUUCUUUUUUCAGAAAGAGGUCCUUUGGACGCUCAGAACCAGUCAUCUGAAGACUCAGAGACAGAGCUUUUAUCAAACCUCGGAGAAUCAGCUGAUAUCCUAGAUGACCAGGCCAUUGAAGAGGACUGCUGGUUAGACCAUCCUUACUUCCAGUCUCUGAACCAACAGCCCCGUGAGAUAACAAACCAGGUUGUUCCCCAGGAGCGGCAGCCUGAAGCAGAACUGGGCCCACUGUUGUAUCAGCAUGAACCCCCAGGGUCCACUUUCCUAAGACCAGCUUUUCCAAGACCAGAAACCCAGCAGGAUGGGAUUCCAGGCCCUUCUUCUCCUCAGCCUGCACAUCCUCUGGGAGAGCUUGAGGACCAGCAGUUAGCAAUAGAUGAUGAAGAGCCAGGUCCAGCCUUUCCACUGCAAGGAACUCAGGAGCCCAGCUUGGAAAACCUUUGGGGGCAAGAAGCUCCUGAUGUAGAUCAAGAACUCGUUGCACUAUUAGUGAAAGAAACAGAAGUAAGAUUUCCAGAUGUAGCAAAUGGGUAUGUGGAGGAAAUAAUUCGUUUGAAGAAUUACUAUGAUUUGAAUGUACUUUGUAAUUUUCUUCUGGAAAAUCCAGAUUAUCCAAAGAGAGAAGAUAGAAUCAUUAUCAACCCCAAUAGCAGCCUGCUUGCCAGCCAUGAUGAGACAAAGUUGCCUAAGAUAGACUUUUUUGACUACUCUAAAUUGGCUCCUCUUGACCAGCGCUGCUUCAUCCAAGCUGCUGACCUCCUGAUGGCCGACUUCAAAAUGCUCAGCAGUCAGGACAUCAAGUGGGCCCUGCAUGAGCUCAAAGGACACUAUGCAAUCACCCGAAAGGCCUUUUCUGAUGCCAUUAAAAAAUGGCAGGAACUAUCGCCAGAAACCAGUGGAAAAAGAAAAAAGAGAAAAGAAAUGAAUCAGUAUUCUUACAUAGACUUCAAAUUUGAACAAGUAACUGCUGAGAUCUCUUUCAAAGAGGUUACUUCAAGACUAACUCCACCCCCACCCCCAAAAGGUGACAUAAAAAUAGAAAAGAGGAUGUUCUUUCUGGAAAACAAGCGACGACAUUGUAGGUUCUAUGACCGGCGUGCCCUCCUUCCAGCUGUGCAGCAAGAGCAGGAGUUCUAUGAGCAGAAAAUCAAAGAGAUGGCAGAGCAUGAAGACUUUCUGCUUGCCCUGCAGAUGAAUGAAGAACAGUAUCAAAAGGACGGCCAGCUGAUCGAGUGCCGCUGCUGCUACGGGGAGUUCCCGUUCGAGGAGCUGACGCAGUGCGCCGACGCCCACUUGUUCUGCAAGGAGUGCCUCAUCCGCUACGCCCAAGAGGCGGUCUUUGGGUCUGGAAAGUCAGAGCUCAGCUGCAUGGAAGGCAGCUGCACAUGUUCAUUCCCAGCCAGUGAACUGGAGAAGGUGCUUCCCCAGACCAUCCUGUAUAAAUACUAUGAGCGAAAAGCGGAGGAGGAAGUUGCUGCAGCCUAUGCCGAUGAGCUUGUCAGGUGCCCGUCCUGCAGCUUUCCUGCUCUCUUGGACAGCGAUGUGAAGAGGUUCAGUUGUCCCAAUCCUCGCUGCCGAAAGGAAACCUGUAGGAAGUGUCAGGGACUCUGGAAAGAGCACAGCGGUCUCACUUGUGAAGAGCUGGCGGAAAAAGAUGACAUCAAGUACCGGACAUCCAUAGAGGAAAAAAUGACUGCUGCCCGCAUUAGAAAGUGCCACAAGUGUGGAACUGGCCUCAUCAAGUCGGAAGGCUGCAACCGCAUGUCCUGCCGCUGUGGCGCCCAGAUGUGCUACCUCUGCCGAGUGUCUAUCAACGGCUAUGACCAUUUCUGCCAGCACCCUCGCUCACCGGGAGCCCCCUGCCAGGAGUGCUCGAGAUGCUCCCUCUGGACCGACCCCACUGAAGAUGAUGAGAAGCUAAUUGAGGAAAUCCAGAAGGAGGCUGAAGAGGAACAGAAAAGGAAGAACGGAGAGAACACCUUCAAACGCAUCGGGCCCCCCUUGGAGAAGCCUCCAGAGAAAGUCCAGAGGACCGAAGCCCUGCCGAGGCCUGUCCCACAGAACCUGCACCCGCCGCAGAUCCCCCCCUAUGCCUUCGUGCACCCGCCCUUCCCCCUGCCUCCCGUGCGGCCCAUGUUCAACAACUUCCCCCUCAACAUGGGUCCCAUCCCGGCACCCUACGUGCCCCCUCUGCCCAACGUCCGGGUUAACUACGACUUCGCCCCCGUCCACAUGCCCCUGGAGCACAACCUGCCUAUGCACUUUGGCCCCCAGCCGCGGCAUCGCUUCUGACGCCUGGGCCCGCCCUCCCGGGAGCCCCACCGGGCAGCCUCUGCAGGGUGGGGACUGGAUAGAUAGCCAUUCGCCCCCCAGGCUGAUGGCUGUGCCCCCGCCUUCUACAUAGGGAUGACAGACUUGGCUCUCGAGAGGAUAGAUAGGCUGGGUUUCUCCCUGUGAAGGGCUGGUACCCUCUGGGUGCCCAUAACACGAUCGGUCUGGUACUUGUUGAGACAGAGAUAAGGGAGCAGCAAAACCCUCUUCCUGAAGACUCCGCCGUCCUAGCAGCCAGUGCAGUGGCCCUGACCCCAAGGUAGCCCGUCUCUGUCCCUCAAAGGCUUGCCUCCAUCCCCUCCCCCAGGCAGACAGCAGAAGCCUUCCUUACUGUGGCAGGUGGAUCCAUGGUAAACUGGAGGAACCAGUGGUGCAGUUUGGAGAGAACUGAGCGAUCUGAACCGUUUUCAGAAGGCCUGGUUCUCCUGCUCCACCCUUACCCCCUGGCCCCCCUGGAGUGAGGUGCGCCCUGCGGCCCUGAGCCUCUUGGUCCUACUGAAGAAGUGGCAGAGCGAUGGCCUCAGGCCUGGGAGCCCUGCUCAGGGUGGGGAGGCUGCAGACUGUCCAGAGUCCAGCACCCCAGGCCAAAAGCCGCAGGGACUGUUCCAAGGCCUCUCUCCUUCCCUCUCGCUCUCAGCUGAGCCCAGACAGAGCCGGGUGUUUGUGGUUUAUCUAAAGAAUUGUUUGCUAUUUACUCACCUUGAACUUACCCAGUUUUCCGUGGCUACUAGAGCUUCUCUCCCUCAGUGUCUGGAAAGUCAGAUCUGUUACCCAUGCUUGGCAGCCGAUGAGGGUGGGGUGGUCCUGAAACUUUUGCCCACCACAAGAUCCUUUUGCCGUGGCUGUGACAGGCCUGGUGGCUCUCCUGGGGAGCUGCUUCUGCCCUAAGUUCUGGAGAGGGGCACGGCUUUCCCCAGGGGAUAGAUGACGCAGAUAGCACUCAGCAGCUGCCCUUUGCUGAGGUCAGGUGAGUCUGGCUGUGAGUCUGCAGGGUGUCCCUGCCGUGUUCCCACUUGCCUUUUGCUGUCCAGCCCCAGCCACCCACGUGCAGAGCAGAGGCCUCCAUGGGGAAUGAGCCUACCUGGCUCCCUGUGUUGGCCUCUGUCCCUGUUGCAGAAGCUCACACACCCAGACCUCAGAGAGGAGGGCUAUGCCCUGGGACCACGUGUCACCCUGUCAGUUACCCGCUGCCCUCAGCUUCUCAGAUGUGUUGCAGAAAUUUAAAUGGAGGGGUGAUGGCCUCAGUUGCCUUUCUUACUGGCUUUCUGGGUUUGGACAUUGCAGAUAGACGGUCUCCCAGGCUUGGGAUUAGGGCUCAUGAGGAGAGGCUGCACCGAGUCUGCUGCCGGGAGCCUCUCCUGCCAGGAGCCUCUGCUGCCGGCUGGAGGAGCGCCCUGCCCCAUGCUUCCCCAGCAGAGAGUCUCAGAGCUGUGAAGCGGUAACAAAUGUCCCCCCAGAUGGGGAGGGGGAGCCCAGCUACGCUCUGCCUGUCCCACUCGUAGCAGUGCUCACCCCACCCCACCAGAACCUCCUAGGCCUCCUGAGCCAGUUCGUCAUCCAGCGGAGGAACGGGUUCCACCUCCACCCUGCAGCCAGGCCAUGUGGCUGCACUGAAGGGUCUGGGGCGGAACAAGGACAGACCUUGGGUGGGUGUCACAUGCCCCUGACAGUGCGGUCCCGUGACUGCCCUAGCACCUAGCUAGCAUGCAAAGGUCCCCCAAGGCCAAACCGAAGACUUGUCCUUUGAGAUGAGUUCUGGGUGUUUUCUAGCCUCAAGAGGCAGCUAGGGAAGCACUCCUGCCUCUCUGAGCCAAGGGCGCCCCAUUUCUUAACGUUCUUUGAGCUGGGCUAUGGAGUGGCUCUCAGGUCUGCCGACCUGGCACUUACUGUUUGGGGGAAGGUUGUUGCUGCAAGUUCUGACCCUAGCAUGAGUCCCCACGUGUCUGCAAAAUGACCAUGCCAGUGCCUCAGUGUUCCUGGAGGCAGGACCUGGAUCCAGGCUCCUAGAGAAGCAAGCAGUCUGUUCUAGUGAUGGGAUCGGGGGCCAUAAUCAUCUAACAAGCCAACAGUGGCGGCAAGAUGCAAAUGACGAGAACCUCGCAGAGCUCAGCCCCUGUCAGGGGGCCACAGAGUCCCAGAGGCAGCCUGGCCCCUUCCCCUCUCAGGCUCUCAGGGCUGCAGCGCCUGCUCCCCAGAGUGACAGACUGCCCAGCAGCAGUCCCGUUCUACUUGCCUUAAAACUGGAGAGAGGAAUCUAGUAUUUGCACUUAGCAAGGUUUUAAAACUUUACAAAAAAAAAAAAAGUGCAUGACUUGUCACUUUGUAUAAAAAUAGCAAAAAUGAUUAGUUUAUUAAAUUUUUUUCUUUACCUUCUGGUAGUAAAAAUACAUAAAAUAAUUCUGUUUAAACUACUGUGUGUAAAAAGUCUGUAUCAUAUGUAACUUGGACUUUUUGUAAAUAAACGUUUGUGCAGUCUG